AGAGCGGUAGAUCAGAGGACAGUUCCUCAGCUGUGUCUCCAAGGAGGGUGACACCUUGGACACUGUCUGGGAGUGAGCCCCCUGCCUGUGCCCACCCUGGGACACCCCUUCCCCUGUGUGUCCCACGGGAGCAGGAGAGCCCCCGAGAGAAGAGUCCAGUGCUUCUGCGCAGAACUCUCACCAUGAGGAUCUCCCUGCAGCUGGCACUGAUCAUGGUUCUUUCCUUCGACCUGCUGCAUGCCUUUCGGAUACCGUGGAAUCUGUGGAAGAUGGUCUUGAAGGAAACGGGAAGGGAAUUUACAAACACUUACGCUUUCUAUGGCUGCCACUGCGGCUGGGGAGGCAGAGGGCCCCCCCUGGAUCAAACGGACAGGUGCUGCUUCCACCACGUCUGCUGCUAUUACCGUCUGCACAAGAAGGGGUGCAGGAUAGAGCAGCUGGAGUAUGUUAUUGACUUCAAAGACAGACAGCUCAUCUGUGCACAGCAAGAGUACUGCAGGGCACAGAUGUGUGAGUGUGACCGGGCUGUGGCCCAGUGCCUCACAAGAAACAUGAAAAGCUACAAGGAGAAGUACCAUGACUACGUCAAAUCCAAGUGUCAUGGAACCACCCCCAAGUGUCCUGCGGCCCCCAGGACCCCAGGCACAUCAUCCCCCAUGCUGAACCCCCGUUCCAUGGCCUAGCCCUCUCCCCAAGAUGAAGAGCCUCCCUCUGCUCAGUCUCUUCCAGCUCAAGGGAGGGAGAGGCCUCAAGCCAGGGGCAUGACUGUCUGAGUCUUUCCCCUUAAACCCCCAUGCCCACUCCUCUCCAAACCCCACU